AUGCCGGCCGCGUCCGUUUGCCGAACCUGCAGUCGUUGGCUAGGGACUCAGUGGCGCCGAGCGUACUCAAGUCAACCGCAGCCGGACAUCUACGACGUCGUCUGUGUUGGCGGCGGGCCUGCAGGUCUAAGUCUCCUGACAGCUCUCCGCGCAAACCCAGUCACGGCCGGACUCCGAAUCGCUCUCGUCGAAGCUCAGGAUCUCUCGAAAACCCGAUCGUGGAAGCUCCCUCCGGACCGGUACUCGAACCGCUGCAGCUCCCUCACGCCCUCCUCCGCGCAAUUCCUAGACAAGAUAGGGGCUUGGGGCCAUCUGCAGCGCCAGCGCAUCCAGCCUUAUCAUGAGAUGCAGGUCUGGGACGGAGUGACAGACGCGCGCAUCGAGUUCGACUGGGAGAAUGGAGCUCGCAGCGGGAAUACCAUUGCGUACAUGACCGAGAACCUGAACCUGACGUCAGGGUUGUUAAGCCGCCUGGAUCAGCUGCAGGGCACUACGAUAUUUGAAUCCGCACGGGUGGAAAACAUCACAUUCGGCGAGGAGACUGAGGAGCUAGAUCUGAACCAAUGGCCCGUUGUACACCUAUCCGGAGGUAAACAGCUUGCCGCCCGGCUGCUCGUCGGAGCAGAUGGUGCGAAUAGCCCCGUCAGGGCCUUUGCAGGCAUCGAGAGCCGGGGUUGGGACUACCAGAGACAUGGCGUAGUGGCGACGCUGGAACUCGAAGGCGACGGAUGGGGCGGGGAGAACACGAAGGUCGCAUAUCAGCGAUUCCUGCCGACAGGACCGGUGGCCAUGCUCCCGAUGCCUGGAAAAUACUCGACUCUUGUCUGGUCAACCACGCCGUCAAACGCCGCCCUACUGAAGAGUCUGCCCGCAAAGGAUUUCAUCGCUCUGGUGAACGCAGCGUUCCGGUUGAACACCGUAGACUUAGAGUUCAUGCACACAAUGAGCUCGGGGCAAGAGGAUGAACUACUAUGGAGGUUGCAGCACACAACAUUCAAUAACCAGGCUGUACCGCAGACCGUUGUCGGAGUACAAGAAGGGUCGGUGGCAUCUUUCCCGUUGAAGUUGCGUCAUGCCGACACGUACAUUGGAGAGAGGGUGGCUCUCGUGGGCGAUGCGGCGCACACAGUCCAUCCCCUCGCCGGACAGGGCCUGAACCAAGGACAAGGGGACGUCGAGAGUCUGGCCAAGGCAAUCGAGUUUUCGGUAACCCACGGCCAGGAUUUGGGCACUCGGAUGUCUUUGGAGGCUUACAACUCAGAGAGAUAUGCUGCGAACCACGUCCUCCUGGGUGUGGUGGACAAGCUGCAUAAACUCUACUCUGUGGAGAGCGGUCCCCUAGUACCGCUGCGGUCAUUUGGCCUGAAUGCGGUCAAUGCCAUGAGACCAUUGAAGAACUUUUUCAUGGAUCAGGCCGCCGGAAAAGGCAUGAAGCUUUUCUAG